GGGAAAGUAAAUUAGAUCCAAGUGUUAUGUUCUGCUAUGCUGAAGUGAUUAACUUCAGAUGAAACAUGAAACAGCAACCACCAGACCAACACGGCUGCUCACCUAGAACUAUCCCUUUAAACUAUCGCCAAGAAGCACCACGGCUCUGCAACCAGACGCCACGCCUACCGCUGCAGAACGCUGUGUUCCGGAAGUGCCACGUGUACGGAGUGCGCUUGCGCGUCCUGUUCCGGUCCCUUCCGGUGUGAGCGUAAGUACCUCCCGCCCCCCUCUCUGGGCUUGGUGUUGGGGCCGGGCCUGCAGUCACAGGCACCUGGGCACAGACUUCUCUGCUAUCGCCAUGGCUCAGUCAGGGAAGCCCGCGUAUGGCAACCAAAAUGGCAAUGAACAGCUGCAGCCGUACAGCAAUGGUCCUGUGCAAAGCUCAUUGAUGAAUUCAUCACAUAUGGCAGAUGGACAAGCAUAUAAUUCCUGGGUUCCAGGUGUGUAUUCCCAGCAAACAUCAACAAAGAACCCCCUGCAUACAUCUGGAAUAUAUAACUAUGGUGGUUCACAGCCUGUUUCAUCUUUUAGUAAUUAUCAGGGACCUGGGCAGACUCUUAAUAGACCACCUACUGGAUCUUCUUUGGCAACAAUACAGCCUGGACUUGUUGCCCACAUGCCUCCUCCAUUGCAAAACUCAGCUGCUGUAUCAACCUCUCCUGGUAGCCUUUCUUCUGGAGUUAAUUUCCCAGCACAUUCAAACUGGCAGUAUGGGCAGACUCCUUUGAAUCAGUCAACAACUGACUCUCCAGCAAACCAUUUUGCUCACCCAGCAGCAACAGCAGCAACCCAGCCAUUGCUGUCGUCAUCAGGGAAUACUAAUCUACCCACAAGCUAUCAUUAUGUUUCUUCUCCUGGAGGUCCUCCAGUUCAGAACAGCUACACAAAGCCAGGUCCUGUUCCUCUGCCACAUAAUCCGUCAAUAUAUUCACCACUUCAACCUCCUUUAGGACCUCCUCCCAUUGGAAAUCCAGCUUCUACACAGCCAUCAGCUCCUCCAACAGCUCCACUAGGAAGUAUUGCAUCACCAACUCUGCAGAAUUCAGCAAAAAAGCAAGAAGGCGAUGCUGCAUCCACUGCCAGUGAUGGAUCGUUGAUUCAGAAUAAUUAUGAUACAAUAGAAGGAGGUGGGUUUCCAGCAACUGCACAUACCCCUUCUGCUCCUCAGAAUCUUAAGACGAAUAGACAUGUCGGGAGUUCUUAUCCCAGCUUGCCUCCUGGUUACCAAAAUGCAUCUCCACCUGGAGCACCAAGAAUGCCAUCCUCAGGGAUGCAAUAUCCAUGUGGACCACAACAGUUUCCUCAGCCUGCCAUGGGAACUAAUAAUUUAACUACAUCUAUGAGUGGAUUGACUCUUCAGCCAGAAGGAUUGAGACCUAUCAACCUUCUUCAAGACAGAAAUAUUCUUCCCACAACUCCCCUACAGGCACCUGUCCCAAACUUGCAUGAAGAUAUUCAGAAGCUGAACUGUAAUCCAGAGUUGUUUCGAUGUACCUUGACUAACAUUCCUCAAACUCAGGCCUUAUUGAACAAAGCCAAACUUCCUUUGGGGCUCCUGCUUCAUCCUUUCAAAGACCUAUCGCAAUUGCCUGUAGUAACUUCCAGCACAAUUGUGAGGUGCCGAAGCUGCAGGACAUAUAUCAAUCCUUUUGUCAGUUUUCUUGAUCAAAGGAGAUGGAAAUGCAACUUAUGUUACAGAGUGAAUGAUGUUCCUGAAGAAUUCAUGUACAAUCCUGUGACAAGAGUUUAUGGAGAACCUCAUAAAAGACCUGAAGUUCAAAAUGCUACAAUUGAAUUUAUGGCUCCCUCUGAAUACAUGCUACGUCCACCUCAACCUCCUGUGUACCUCUUUGUAUUUGAUGUGUCUCAUAAUGCAAUAGAAACAGGAUACUUGAACACUGUAUGCAAGACCUUGUUGGACAAUCUAGACUUACUUCCAGGAAAUACUCGAACAAAAAUAGGCUUUAUAACUUUUGACAGCACAAUCCAUUUCUAUAGCCUUCAGGAGGGUCUCUCUCAGCCUCAGAUGCUUAUAGUUUCAGAUAUUGAAGAUGUAUUUAUCCCAAUGCCUGAGAACCUACUAGUAAACUUAAAUGAAAGCAAAGAGCUAAUUCAAGAUUUGUUAAGCACCUUGCCCCAGAUGUUUACCAACUCCCUGGAAACACGGAGUGCUCUGGGACCAGCAUUACAAGCUGCCUUUAAAUUGAUGUCCCCCACUGGUGGUCGAAUUUCCGUCUUCCAGACGCAACUUCCAUCUGUUGGAGCAGGUGCACUCAAACCUCGUGAAGAGCCUAACCAAAAAGCAUCUGCAAAGGAUAUACAUCUUACGCCAUCUACUGACUUCUAUAAGAAGUUGGCCUUGGAUUGUUCAGGACAGCAAGUUGCAGUUGACUUGUUUCUUCUUAGUGGGCAGUACUCUGAUUUGGCUUCAUUAGGGUGUAUAUCAAGGUAUUCAGCUGGUAGUGUCUAUUACUACCAGUCUUACCAUCACCAACAGAAUCCUCCUGUGGUAGAGAAAUUACAGAAGGAGCUCAAGCGAUACUUGACCAGGAAGAUUGGCUUUGAGGCUGUUAUGAGGAUAAGAUGUACCAAAGGUCUUUCCAUUCAUACCUUUCAUGGCAACUUUUUUGUGCGGUCAACAGACUUGUUGUCAUUACCCAAUGUGAACCCUGAUGCAGGAUAUGCUGUACAAAUGUCAGUAGAAGAGAGUCUGACAGACAUGCAAGUGGUCUGUUUUCAGUCUGCCCUCCUUUAUACAUCUAGUAAAGGUGAAAGGAGGAUUCGUGUCCACACACUGUGUUUGCCGGUUGUUAACCAGUUGAGUGAUGUUUAUAUGGGUGCAGAUGUACAAGCUGUUACUGGACUUUUAGCCAAUAUGGCUGUUGACCGGUCAGUUUCUGCUAGUCUGAGUGAUGCUCGAGAUGCACUGGUGAAUGCUGUAAUAGAUUCCCUCUCUGCAUACCGAUCCUCUGUCCUAACUAUUCAGCAGCCUGGCCUCAUGGCUCCCUUCUCAUUACGUCUCUUCCCACUGUAUGUGUUGGCUCUCUUAAAACAGAAAGCAUUCCAAACUGGUACAAACGCACGUUUAGAUGAUCGCAUCUUUACCAUGUGCCAAGUGAAAAACCAACCUUUAGCAUACCUCAUGCUUAUGAUGCAUCCUACUUUGUACAGAAUUGACAAUCUCACAGAUGAGGGAGCUCUCAACAUCAGCGACAGAACAAUACCUCAGCCAUCCAUUCUCCAGUUAUCUGUGGAGAAAAUAAGUAGGGAUGGGGCUUACCUUAUGGAUGCUGGCUCGGUCAUGUAUUUAUGGAUUGGAAAGAACUGUGGACAGAAUUUUAUCAGCCAUGUCCUUGGAGUUCCAAACUAUGCAUCGAUACCGCCCAAUAUGGCACAUCUGCCAGAGCUUGACACAACUGAAUCUUCUAGAGUGCUGGCUUUUAUCUCUUGGCUGAGGGAGCAAAGGCCAUUCUUCCCUACAUUGUAUAUAAUAAGGGAGGAAAGUCCAUGGAAACCAAUUUUCCUGCAGAACAUGAUAGAAGACAGAACAGAAUCUGCCUUAUCGUAUUAUGAGUUCCUUUUGCAUAUUCAGCAGCAAGUGAACAAAUGAGCCUUUCCGUUACAUGGGUCACUUUCUCCUGCAGAACAGUUGUGCUUGUAAUGCUCCUGUUAAGUUUUGGACAUGAUACAGUUGAUAAGAAUCUCACUGUGAUUUUUUUAGAAAAGCAAAGCAAAUAAAGGACCACAACUCCGAAACAAAUGUACAAUUACAUGAUAGUGUACUUAAAAAACGUAUUUGAACAAGUUGGAUGCCUUUAAUUUGCUGCAAAAUGUUUCACUGUAAAUAAUUGCAGCAUGAAUUAUAAAGGCAACAUUGAAGGGGUUAAACCUUUAUAUACCAGAUUUUUGUUCAGAUUAUUGUUUUUCUAACUUUAUAUUUUUCUGCUUUAUGUUUUGCUGCUAAGUUUACGACUUUCCAAAAGUGAGUUGCAGGGAAACUAUAUUGUCUUUGUUAUACAAUAUAUAUCACUAACUUUAAAAAAAUUAAAAGAACAAUGAGGCAAUUCAUUGUGAACAAAUACAAUAUUUAAUUGAUUUAGUUUCCACUGCCUUUUAAAAUGGAUUAUGAUGAACUGGCAAAGUGAACUUGAAGUGGUCUAGUAUGAUUUAAAAUGAAUAUGAAAUAGUUCAUUAAAAACUUUUUAGGAUGCAUCACUAUUCUAGUAUAAAGAGAACAACUUGCAUUAUGUCCAAUAGAAAUUAUAAUUAAGUGACCUGAUUCAGCUGCACAGAUGGUGAAUACAGACUAUAGUUUUGGCUGUUAAUAUGGUGUGUGUAGUCUUUAAUUCAUUAAUGGAAAGUAAAUAGGGGAACAGAAAAUGCUACUAAGAGUCAUGACCUUCUUAUGGAUUGCAUUUGAUUAAAAUUAAGUCACAUUUUUAUAUUGGGUUUCCUAUGAAAUGCUUACUAGUGAUGCUAAUUCCAUAAUUUUCACUAUAUUAGAAGCACCAUUGAGCAUUUGAUUUGACAUGCAGGGAAACAUCCUAGCAGAAGUAAUGUUGCAAUUUAAAAGACAAAAAAAAUCACGCUUUCAAGGAAGUAUUUUGUGGCUUUAAGGGGAUGAAGUUUGCCUGGUUUCAGAAAUCCCACUUAAUGGAAUCAGUCAUGAAAUCCAGCCUCUGCAUAGUGUAUGCACAUAAGAUAAAUGUUUUACUCGUGUCUUGAAACCCCUGCAGAUUAAAUCAUGACAAAUAGUAUUUGUGUUUAUGUGUAUGGCAUACUACGCAAGCAACCUGCAUCAGUAACAUCUUUAAUUAUGUAACUUGUAGCAGGCAUAAAUUUCUAUUUUUCCUCACAAUCCACUUCAGGCUCUUCAAAAGCUGGGGUGUGGCAAUAUUUCCCAUUGCACUUUUCCCCCUUAGCAUUUCCUCUGAGUAAUCUUUUACAGCCAUUUUCAGGCCAUUGCUUCUGUUCAGCUGUAAAUGAUUUUUUAAAAAUGCCGUAGUGCCAGGCCUGGGUAAGAAGCAUUGGCACAAAAAAGGCACUAAAGUUCUCUAAUGAGCUGUAGUGUUUCUAAACCAGCAUUUUAAAUCAGAAUAUUGACUCCUAUAUAGGUCUAAGCAUGUUGUCUGCUAAUCUAUGCAGUCUGUCAGAGUGGCCUAUGAAAACUUACAGAAUUGUCAUUGUCAUGUUCAGUGGAAAAAGUCUCUAUUUAAAAGGAUUAAAAUACACCUGUUGAAACUUAUUAGUUACUUUGUUGCUGGUAUCUUGUGGAAGCUCUAAUUUAUGUUGAGCAUUUGUCAUUAAAAAAUGAUAAUGAACUUCAGGAGUAUGUGAUUAUGGGAUGUGUUCUGAAAAACCAUCCACUGAUUGCCUCACAACACAACCAAAGUCUGAAUGCUUAUUUUAAUAGUUCUUUUGAAACUUCAAAACAAUUGAAUACAAUCGUUCCAGUUAAGCAAGAGCAAUCCACACACGAAAAAAACAAGGAAUCAGUGCAUUCCCUUCUGGUUCAGAUAUGGACAUACCCACAAGAGGGGCUAAACACAUCCAGCACCAAGUGAAUAUGCAUUAUAGCAUGCAUACAGUGCUGAACAGAUAGUGCUGGCCGGUGUCUCAGCAUUACCUGUGUAAGGAAAUCCUUGUGUGCAACAGCGUGUUCUGUGUAUACAAGGAACUGGUCUGAAGUGGUGCUGUAGACUCAGUAACUGCAGAUGAGUCAGUCAUAAUAGUCUUGCAUAAAUUACUCUUUGUGACUGAGAAUCUUCUUUCAUAGAAAAUGACUCUACCUUCUCUUUUUUUAAAAAAAAUCAAGAGCAGUGAGCACAUAUUUCUGUUGGGGAGAAUGCAUUUGAGGAUGUUUAUAUCCUUUUUGCAAUACUGUAUUUCCUAAUUUUAUUCCUUGUAAUGAGGAAAAUGUCACCUGCUUCACCUUGCAUUACUUUUUAAUAAUGGGGAUUGUAGGGCAGAAAGUGUAUAAAACUGCCUGUACUAUGCUGUAGUUACAUGUAUUUUAAGAUCUACAGCAAAUUAGGCAAAAGGUGGCCUAGAUGCUCACAUCUUAGCAUGGCAGUCCACAACAGAUUUUCUCUAUUUUUCUAGUUCAAGAUUUUUUUUAAAACAAUACUUCAGUAUGACUGGUGACUAUGUUGAAUUCAGUUAGCAUCAGAAAAAUCCAUUUAAUUAGCAUUUGCUUUUCUGUAAUUUAACAACUUGCAUUUGAGCCAGCCUUGACAGUUUUGCAAUAACAAGGAAAAAAUUGCUUUUAUUCAAAGUUUUACAGAAUAUGUAAAUCAGAUGCAAAAUGGCUGUUAAGGGACCAUCAAAUGUGACAAAGCUUCUGUUCACUAGUUACUGAUUAAAUCCUUAUAGUAAAUUUUGAUCUUUUUUGUAAAGUAGUGUAAAAUAUUGUAAUAUUAAUCCUUGUUUUCUGAACUCAGACAUUGAUCUUCAGUGUGAAUUUGUAAACCAUGUCCUCCUGAACUGGAGGCAAGGUUUUACUUGUUCCCCUUUUUACAGUUUGUAAUUUUCACUGUUUUAUUCCUGUAAAAAGUCAUUUGUAACACAUGCAAAUGCUUAUUUUAGCUGUGCUAAUUUAUCAAAUUUGGCUAUUCAAUAAAAUUAAUUGAAAGAG